CAAUUUCUCUGAGAAUUGGGAAAAAAAUAGCUCAGAGAGCUUAGAAGAAACCAACAAACAAAGCAAUAUAAAAACUGGUUACACUCAUAUCAUGCAUACAGCUAGUUAAUACAAUGUUCCUGGAAUAAGUUUUUUCACAUGGAAGAAGGGAAGGAGAACUAUUGAAGUUUUCUUGCAUGAACUAAAAAAAGGUUCAGGCAGGUCAUGGGGUGCGGUCACUUCGAUUUGAGGGUUUUUUACGUGAAGUUCAGUAGCUGUUCAUCACCAUUACCACAGCUUUUAACAUUUCGUAUUACACCCCAAAAUGCAGAGACAACUGCAGUUGAAGUAAAUAGGAAGAGGUUCUUUUUUUCAAAAAAUAGUUUUGUUUCCUUGUCUCUCUGUAGAAAUAGGGUGGACAAAGAAUGUGAAGAAGCAACUUUUGUGGGUACUGACAGUGUUCGAAGUACAGGAGCUCUGGAGUUUCAAGUGUAUGAUAAGGAAAACAUUUUAGUUUGUGGGAUUUUAGAGGGGUUUAAGAAGGGGUGCUGUAUGGAUUGUUAUUCUGCUCUGGGGCCUGCAGAUUGGGGUUAUUUGAGAGGGACCAAGAGUUUUGUUGAGGUUUAUGUGGCUGGGAGCUUUUCUGGUUGCCCUCUAAUCUUGACAAAGACUGUACAACUUAUUGCCAGGAGAAAGAUUUCUUUGGAUGCAAUUCCAGAGCACGAGGAUACUACCCAAGACAUCCUGGAUGGAAAUCUUCACAAUGAUCAUCAGAUACCGGAAGACAGGGCUUAUGGAGAGUUUUAUGAAAAAAACGAAGAGAGUGUGAGCAGCAUGUAUUCAAGGAGCACAUAUGUGGAAACUGAUGAUAGCGAGCUUUCAUGGUUCAAUGCUGGUGUGAGAGUGGGUGUAGGGAUUGGCUUGGGAAUGUGUCUUGGUAUUGGAAUUGGUAUUGGACUUCUUGUACGCACAUAUCGAUCAACUACCAAGAAUUUCAGGAAGCGACUUUUAUAGUGAUUAACAACUAACCAGUGUGACUUUAUAAACAUAAAUUUCUACGGCUCAUAAUAUUUUUAGUUUAUUUAGUUUAUUUUCUUGAAUCUAAUUUUAUAGAUUUUUAAUGUCUAACGUUUCGGAUCAAACUCUAUGUUCCAUCACAAGCGAGAGACAACGUGAGAAGAAAAAGUGUGACUUUGUUACAAUCAUGAAUCUAUAUGUAAUUGUGACUAACUUUCUGAGGUCUCUAUUUUGAUGAACUUUUUGAAAGAGUUUUCACUACCUUGAAGUUUUUAUAAUACUCUAA